AUGGCUGGGGGAGUGUGGGGCCGAGCCCGAGGGGCCCCCGUGGGGGCUUUAACCCUGACAGCUCUGGCUGAGGGGAUCCGGGUCAGCCAGGGGCAGUCCCCAGGACCCCCUUCCAAGGACCCUCAGUCAGAGCCCCAGGAACUUAAACCUGAGGCUGAACCACAGGCCCAGGCAUCCACCACCUGCUUUGAGGCUGAGCCUAGAAGUGGGGCCACUGCCUCCACAGCUGGCAGAGAGCCGUGCUCCCUGAACAGUGCUCUGAGGCCAGAUCCUGAGGGACCCCACCAGGCCCCCCAGAGUUCCUGGGAGGAGGGGGCCCUCGCCGAUCUCGCAUUGUACACAGCUGCCUGCCUCGAAGAGGCUGGCUUUGCAGGGACCCAGGCAACAGCGCUCACCCUAUCUUCAGCCCUGGAAGCCCGGGGGGAGCGAUUGGAGGACCAGGUGUAUGCUCUGGUGCGUGGGCUGCUGGCACAGGUGCCCAGCCUGGCCGAAGGGAGGCCCCGGCGGGCGGCUCUGAGGGUGCUGAGUGCACUGGCCCUGGAGCACGCGCGGGACGUGGUGUGUGCACUGCUACCGCGCUCACUGCCUCCGGACGGGGCAGCAGCUGACCUCUGGCGUAGCCUAAGCCGCAACCAACGGGUAAACGGGCAGGUGCUGGUGCAACUGCUGUGGGCGCUGAAGCGUGUGAAGGAGCCCCAGUCAGAGGCGCUGGCGGCCACACGUGCUCUUGGGGAGAUGCUGGCUGUUUCGGGAUGCGUGGGAGCCACGCGGGGCUUCUACCCACACCUGCUGCUCGCCCUGGUUACGCAGCUGCACAAGCUGGCUUGCAGCCCCUGCUCCCCAGACACUCCCAAGAUUUGGGUCUUGUCCCACCGAGGACCACCUCAUAGCCACGCCAGCUGCACUGUGGAGACCUUGAAGGCCCUGCUCACAGGCGAUGGCAGCCGCAUGGUGGUCACGUGCAUGGAGCAGGCAGGAGGCUGGAGGAGGCUGGUGGGAGCCCACACCCACCUGGAGGGCGUCCUGUUGCUGGCCAGUGCUAUGGUGGCGCAUGCGGACCACCACCUGCGAGGUCUCUUCGCAGACUUGUUGCCCCGGCUGCGCAGCGAGGAUGACCCGCAGCGCCUCACAGCUAUGGCCUUCUUCACCGGGUUGUUGCAGAGCCGGCCCACCGCACAACUCCUGCGGGAGGAGGUCAUCCUGGAGCGACUCCGCACUUGGCAGUGCGACCCCGAGCCCACCGUGCGCUGGCUAGGCCUACUCGGCCUGGGCCACCUCGCGCUGAAUCGCGGGAAGGCCCGGGACUCAGUCCGCGCCUCCGCGGUGGGUCUCCUCGGGACACUAGUGAGACGGGGCCGCGGCGGGCUCCGGCUGGGACUACGCGGCCCCCUGCGGAAGCUGGUGCUGCAGAGUCUCGUGCCGCUGCUGUUGCGCCUGCAUGAUCCCAUCCAGGACGCUGCUGAGAGCUCAGAGUGGACCCUGGCCCGCUGUGACCAGGCACUUCGCUGGGGCCUGCUGGAGGAGAUGGUUACUGUGGCCCACUACGACAGCCCUGAGGCUCUAAGCCGAGUGUGCCACCGCCUGGUUCAGCGAUACCCGAGUCACAUACCCAACUUCCUGAGCCAGACACAGGGCUACCUGCGGAGCCCGCAGGACCCCCUGCGCCAUGCAGCCACUGUGCUCAUAGGAUUCCUUGUCCAUCACGCAAGCCCCAGCUGCAUCAACCAGGACCUGCUGGACUCCCUGUUCCAGGACCUCGGGCAAUUGCAGAGCGACCCCGAACCGGCAGUGGCCUCGGCGGCGCACGUGUCUUCCCAGCAAGUGGCGCUGCUGGCCCACGCGCAAGGCCAACCCCGCGGGCCCCGCCUUCUCCGCCUCUCCCAGAGCCACGCCCACCCCGCUCGGCCCCCGCCCAUCUACGCCGACAGCCCCUUCCAGCGCCGGAGCCUCGCGGGCCACUGGGGCUGCUCUGGACCCCUCCGAACUUGA